AUGAAAGCGUUUCGAUUUCUCAGCAAAGGCACCCGAUAUGACCAGCUGGAGCAGGCCAAGGACGGCGAUCUCGAAAGUCCAGUUCCGCCUCAUCGAACAAUCUUCUCAUCUCCUUUCGGACUCGCUCUUCACGCCUUACUAGCGGUUUUCUGGGUGUCUGCUUCAUGGUAUCUCAUGUACAGAGACAUCUGCCGGCCGGGCUUACACGCCCUCGAGUUUGACACCCAGACUGAUAGCACAGGCCCUGUUGCAAGUUCCAUCGAAUAUGAGAAUAUUGUCUUUGAAAUGAGUGGGAUGGGCACAAGAGACCACCCCGUCACCGAAUACGAGGGACCUCCAACGCCAGAAAAUAACAUCAAGUGGUUUGAACUAUUGGAUGCCGGUAUUAUCGCUCUCGAUGACACCAUGUACCAAGCACUAGGACAAAAAACAGAGCCCUCAUCUGACACAGAUAGCACGCCGUUGAUUCAACUCGAAGUAUUCCACCAGCUUCACUGCCUGAACUCGCUACGUCGGUUGAUCUAUAACACGUCAACAUUUACCAAGGGCGUCAAUGCGGAGAUGCAUAUGGAUCACUGCAUCGACUAUCUCAGACAGAGCAUUAUGUGCCACAGCGACGUAACGCCAUUGGUACACAUCCCCCGUCCCGGUGGCUCACGAAAUAAUGGCACCGCCUGGAUCCCUAACUUCGCUGUCAAACAUACCUGUCGUAACUUUUGGAAGAUACACGAGUGGGCAGCACAGUAUAACACCUCUGGGUGGACGAUCGAAGGGUAUCCCAACCAGGGACUGGCUCUGGCGGAGUAG